AUGAACUCACUGGGAAUUUGGAGCAUUGUAAUGAUAAUUUAUCAAAGUGCAAUUUGCAUGCUAAUAUCCUGGUUAACACUAAGCUGUCGUUUUGUUCCCGAUAGCAGUGAACUGCAUGAGGUAAUUCUGAUGAAGCUUCUAUACCUAUACGAUCCUGAGGCCUGUGGAAGAAUCCACUUCUAUAACUUCACAAUCGCUAGAGGAGAAAAUACAAUCUUUUCAACUAUCAUGUGGCCUGUUAGAAAUCCUAUUGCAUCUAGAUUUAGAAGUGCAAUGCGGAUCUGGUUGUCGCUUCACAUAAUCUGGCUUGCUUUAAGCAUUGUGAACCUCACACACGCAAGACGACCUUGCGGAUUCUAUGCUGUGGUGGUACCCUUUACAUUAACCGGCCUGGCUGUGUUGGUGACUGACGUGGUCUUUAUGGCCAUGUUUAUAGAGGAUAUUCCGCAAACCGACACCGAAAUUGGAAUGUUGGACUUUAUGAAUGGUGGCGGUAAAAACCUCAGAUGGAUUGUGAAGAAAUACCCAUGGCAGACGAUGCAGGAGUUGGGUCUAUCUGCUUUAGAUGAUACGUCUUGGAUAGCACUUCUUUUUGCUUUCGCCAGCUGCAGAGGAAUUGUGCAAUGGAUUCUAAACUUCUGGCUAGUGAAGGAUAACUAUUUUACUGGGCUUGAUUAUCACCGUAAAUUACAAAAAGAAAUAAGUGUGCGACGUGAUCGUGUUUUAAAACAUUAA